UCUAUAUAAGUAAACGAUAUUUCAAAACAGAAAACCCAUCAAGUCGAAUUACCUUUCUUUCUUGUACUGAGAUGGAGUUUCAACACUUGGUUUCGUUCUUGCUAUUCAUCUCCUUCAUCUUUCUUCUGAUUCAAAAAUGGAGGAAAUCGAAAAGGCUUCCACCUGGUCCGUGGAGGCUACCUAUUAUUGGAAGUGUGCAUCACUUGACAAGUGGAGUAUCACAUCGAGUUCUCAGAAAUUUAUCACAAAAGUUUGGCCCAAUCAUGUACUUACAGCUCGGGGAAGUUCCAACAGUAGUUGUAUCCUCCCCACACAUGGCCAAACAAAUUUUAAAAACUCACGACCUCGCUUUUGCAUCUAGGCCAGAAAUCAUGAUGGGAAAAAUUAUUUGUUACGAUUGUAAGGACAUUGCCUUUUCCCCAUAUGGUGAUUAUUGGAGACAUAUGCGUAAACUGAGCACCUUGGAACUACUUAGUGCCAAGAUGGUGAAGUCCUUCAGUCCAAUUCGACGUGAUGAGCUCUCAAGUCUCCUAUCAUCCAUUGAAUCAAUGGGAGAUUUGCCAAUCAACUUAGUAGAAAAACUUUUAUGGUUUAUGAAUGCCGCGACAUGUAGGUCAGCAUUUGGGAAAGUGUGUAAAGAUCAAAAAGAGUUGAUAACAUUGAUUCAUCGAGCACAAUCAUUAUCUGGUGGAUUCGAGCUGGCUGAUUUGUUCCCUUCGAAAAAGUUUCUACAUGGUAUUAGUGGGAUGCGGUCUAAACUAAUGGAAGCUCGUAAUAAGAUAGACGUGGUCUUGGACAACAUUAUCAAUGUGCACAGAGAGAAUCGGGCAAAUGGAAAAUGUUGUAAUGGUGAGUCCGGAGCUGAAGAUUUCAUCGAUGUUUUUCAAAGAGUCAUGGAGAGCGGCGAAUUACCAUUUCCUCUAGAAAAUGAUAACAUCAAAGCAGUUAUUCUUGACAUGUUCGUAGCAGGGUCUGACACAUCAUCUUCAACCGUUAUUUGGGCAUUAGCAGAAAUGAUAAAGAAUCCAAGUGUAAUGGCGAAAGCACAAGCAGAAGUGAGAGAAGCUUUUAAAGGAAAGAAAACAUGUGAUGAGGAUACUGAUCUUGAAAAGCUUAGUUACCUAAAUUUAGUGAUCAAAGAGACACUCCGAUUACACCCUCCAACUCCUCUACUUGUCCCGCGAGAAUGCAGGGAGGAAACAGAGAUUGAUGGAUUCACUAUACCGUUGAAAAGCAAAGUCUUGGUUAACGUAUGGGCAAUUGGAAGAGAUCCCGAGAAUUGGGGAAAUCCUGAAUGUUUUAUACCAGAGAGAUUCGAAAAUAGUUCUAUUGAGUUUACUGGAAAUCAUUUUCAACUUCUUCCCUUUGGCGCGGGAAGACGAAUUUGUCCAGGAAUACAAUUUGGUAUGGCUCUUGUUACUCUGCCAUUGGCACAUUUGCUUCACAACUUUGAUUGGAAACUUCCCGAAGGAAUUAAUGCAAGGGAUUUGGACAUGACUGAGGCAAAUGGAAUAUCUGCUAGAAGAGAGAAAGAUCUUUACUUGAUUGCUACUCCUUGUGUCGCGUCUUGAUUAACACUGAAAUUUUGCACUAGCAUUGAAUAAGUUUAAGUAUAGGUUUGUAAUAUUUUGUUUAUCUUUUCUGUUUCUUCUCCAGUGUUAUUGUAACAUGAUGAGUAAUAGAUCAAAUAAAUGAGAACUCUAUACGUUUUUCUUA